GUAAAACUUCAAUUUGUGUCAGUAUUUAUCUCAAUAAGAACAAAUACUAUUUCAAUAACACACAAUCAAGUAAAACCUACAAAUAUUCUUAAAAGUUUUGUUUUCAAUUUAGUAUCCCUUCCAGUGCCAACUUGUAAACUUCCGGUGGCAGAAAGCACGUGUGGAGCUGUCAAAUUGGUCAAAUUUUUACAAAGAUUCAGAUGAUCUGAGUGUCCAAAACGGUCCAAGGAUGAACAACUCAGAUGAUUUCACGACAGUAAAACAUAAACGAGGCAAAAAAUUCAAAACACCAAGAUUAAAAACAGUUACAACACCAUCCAGAAAAGUGGAUGACGAGUGUGAUGAAUCUGAACUUCUGAUAAAAACAGAAAAUUUAAAAAGAAAACAAUUAAUAUCCAGGGAUAUCUUCAAGGAAACCAAGUUUUUCAAGGAAGUGUAUGGAAUGGUAAAAGCCAUAAAAUAUUUACCGAGAGCUUCCGGUGAUUAUGAUUUGGUUGUCUUUGGACUAGGGAAUUUUUCUUCUAGCUUGAUUGCUAAGCAACAGUUGGAUUUAGCUCUUGCUCUGAGAAGUGAAUUAAAUAUAUCACAUGGACAGACUUUAUGUUAUGAUCCUGUUUUUACAUCAGUAGAAAUUAAAACUCUUCAAGAUUUAGAAUGGAUUGUUCCAGAAAUAAAUCAGGAAGGUAAAGGACAAAGUAACAAGACCUGUAUCUAUUAUCUACCUCACUGUCAUAAAAUAUUAUAUAAUAAUUUAUUAUGGGCUAACUGGAGUAAGGAAUUAUUGUCUAAAAUAGUCAUUAUUGGAAAUAGUUUUUCUUCCAUGGUAGAAAGAACACCUAAAAGGCUGCUUGAGAAGAAUGGUAAUUACAUUUUGAAGAUAGAACCAUAUAUGUCUGAACUACCUUUACCCGAUACCUAUAGUGAGAAAGAUGUUUUUAAUGAUACGUCUAUACACACAUUCCCUAUAGAAAGAUUACAGUCGUUGCCAACUAUAUACUGGGAAGAGAACAUAGAGCCUAUUUAUUCUAAUGAAGAAACAGAUUUUAUUAGGGACAGUAGUCAUUUAUGAUAAUGAUGAUGAGUGGAUGUGAGUCUAGCUAAGAGAGGGUCACUGUGAAACUAUUUAACAUCUAAAAUAAAAGAUCACUGCAGGAUUUCAGUCACUGAGAGGGCUACCAGGAGACUUUCCAUCACUGAAGGAAAAAUUGUGAAAGAUCACUGCAAGAUUUCAAUUGCUGAGGGUGUUACUGUGAGACUUUCAAUCAUGGAGGGGGUAACUGGGAGACUUUCAGUUCUUGAGCCACGGAAUGAGAGGACUAUUAUAAGAUCUCCAAUAACUUAGAGGGACACUGUGAGAUUUUCAAUCCCUUAAGAGAUCUUGUGAGACAUCUUCGGGAUAAUGAGUGCUUUGCUGCACAAUUUUAUAACAAAUAUCUGGUUAUUUUUAAGAAGGGGAGAGGGAAAUGAGAUCUUUUUAAAGAGCUGAAAGACAAUAAAUAAAUCAAUAGUUUUAUUUAUGUUGUUGAUGCACAAUCACAAUUCUUCACUACUUCUUCUUUGCUACUUUCUGUUUGUUUACAACUUGCAAUAUCUGAACUGCUAUCUUUACCACUUACAAUAUCUGAACUGCUGUCUUUAUUACAACUUACAAUAUCUGAACUGUUAUCUUUACAACAUGCAAUAUCUGAACUGGUAUCUUUAC